AACCCUCAAUCCCUUGUUUUGAUGGUCAUCACUACGACCAUUGGAGUAUGUUGAUGGAGAAUUUUCUCCGGUCCAAAGAGUAUUGGAUCAUUGUUGAAGUUGGAGUUCCAGAACCAGCAACAGAUCAGGGUAUCUUGGAAACAAUUCUUAACAAGUCUACUUUCAAGAAUAUUUGGGAUUCCAUGAAGAAGAAGUACCAAGGGAAUGAAAGAGCAAAGCGGCAACAGCGUCAGGCUUUGCGGGCAGAAUUCGAAGUUCUGCAGAUGCAAAUUGGUGAAUCUGUAGAUGAUUAUUUUGCGAGGACGAUGGCUAUUGCAAACAAGGUCGAGGAAAAGAAAACUAGAAAGGCAGACCAAGAUCUGGCAAACCGAGAUUUGACAAAUUGGAGGAAAGCUCAAGGUGGCAAAAUAGAAAUUAUCAAGCUACAGAUAACAGAUCCAAAUCUGCAGGAAAGGCAAAUAUUGAAUGCUUCAAAUGUCAUAAAACACAAUAAAAAGAAUGAUGAUUCCUUUCUAUUCAUGGUCUGUCAUCCUAAAGAAGUCAGUAAGAAGAAUGUGUGGUGUCUGGAUACUGGUUGCAGCAAUCACAUGUGUGGAGACAAAUCUACGUUUUCAGAUUUGGAUGAGUCUUGUCAAGACAAGGUGAAAUUUGGUGAUAAUUCCACUAUUGCAGUCAAGGGAAGGGGAAAGGUAACCAUUCAUGCCAAAGACAAUUCAAUUCAGACUAUUUCUAAUGUUCUGUAUGUACCAGAUUUGAAGUUGAAUCUGCUUAGUUUGGGACAGCUUCAGGAAAAACGAUAUGAAAUCCUUAUUAAAGAUGGAGUUUGCCAAAUUCGUGAUUCAAAACUUGGCCUGAUUGCAAAGAAAUUUGUGAAAUCUACGUGGUCAGUAAACAGUACCGUGACAGCUUUCCUUAAGACAGAUCUUGGAGAGCAAAGCAGAAGUCCCACAUCUCCACUUCCAGAUUUGACGCCAGAAGAGGCUUGGAGUGGACGUAGACCUGCUGUUGAUUACUUCAGAAUUUUUGGGUGCAUAGCAUAUGCACAUGUGCCAGAUCAGAAAAGGAGUAAGCUUGAUGACAAAGGGGAAAAGUGUAUUUUCCUUAGUGUUAGUGAUCAGUCCAAAGUUUAUAGAUUAUAUAAUCCUUUAACCAAGAAGGUCAUCAUUAGUCGUGAUGUAGUAUUUGAUGAAGCAAGCACUUGGUCUUGGACAGAAAAAUCUGGGCAACAGAUUCCUACAGAUUUCGAAAAUGGAGAAGAUCUUACUUUGCAGAACUCAGAAGAAGUAGAGCUUAGUAUUGGAGGAGGUCUGCCAACAACACCAGAACUGGAAUCUGUAACUAGUUCCAGACCUCAACGCAAAAAGAAAAGACCAGCAUGGUUGGAAGAUUAUGAGAUAACAGAUCUACCUCAAGAUGAUGUUCUAGUUAAUCAUUUUGCUCUAUUUGUAGAUUGUGAUCCAUUGACAUAUGAAGAAGCUGUUAAAGAAGAAAAGUGGCAAAAAGCCAUGGCAGAAGAAAUUGGUUCUAUUGAAAGGAACCAGACUUCGGAGUUGACAGAUAUUCCAGAAGGGCACAAAACAAUUGGUGUUAAGUGGAUCUACAAGACAAAGCUCAAAGAGAAUGGGGCGAUUGACAAAUUCAAAGCUCGCUUGGUGGCAAAGGGUUACAAGCAAGAGUUUGGCAUUGAUUAUCAAGAAGUUUUUGCUCCAGUUGCAACAAUGGAUACCAUCAUAUUGGUGAUUGCAUUGGCAACACAGAACUCAUGGCCGAUCUACCAGCUUGAUGUGAAAUCUACCUUCUUGCAUGGAAAUCUACAAGAACAGGUAUUUAUUGAUCUACCUCCUGAUUAUGUUCAAUUUGGUUUUGAGCAUAAGGUUUACAGAUUGAAGAAAGCAUUAUAUGGACUAAAACAAGCACCUAUAGCUUGGUAUAGUCGAAUUGAUGCUUAUUUUUUGAAGGAAGGUCUCCAAAAGUGCCCUUAUGAGCAUACACUUUACAUCAAAUUUGGAGAUGGAGUAGACAAAGGUGUAAAGCUCGUGAAAGAUCCAGGAGGCAGAUAUGUGGACAUCAAACUGUAUAAGCAGAUUGUUGGAAGUCUGAUGUAUAUGACAACAACAAGACCAGAUAUAAUGCAUGGUGUAAGUCUGAUUAGCAAAUAUAUGGAGCAUCCAAAGGAGUUGCACUUGCAGACUGCUAAAAGAAUUCUCAGGUAUUUAUGUGGAACUAUAGAUUUUGGACUAUUCUACAAGAAGGGUGACCAGAUUGAUCUCGCAGGCUUUACAGAUAGUGAUUAUGCUGGAGAUCUGGAUGACAAAAAAAGCACUUCCGGGUUUGUUUUUAUGUUGGGAUCUGGUGCAAUUUCAUGGUCUUCAAAGAACCAGCCCAUUGUGACUUUGUCCACAACAGAAGCGGAAUAUGUGGCAGCAACUUCUUGUGCUUGUCAAGCUAUUUGAUUGAGAAGAAUUAUGGAAGAACUUGAGCUGAAUCAACAUGAGGCCACUUC